AUGAGAAAAGAAUUGUCGUUAGAGGGUGGAGAGGAGGGAAAUAGCGAUGACGAUCAGAAAUCUCAAACUAAAGUUUAUAAACAUGAAGUUUUCUUCGAUGAGAAAUUCACCAGUUCGAGAGAGUUCUGGAUUAAGGUAACGAGAAAAUGUAAAGUGCAAAAGUUGAUGUUGCGUGUUGAAAUUCUGAAGACAGGCGAUUAGAAACUAUUGAUAAAUUACUAAUAGAGCAUUACAAUAAGUAAUUUUGAUUACUCCUACCCAUUAAAGAAAGGUAUGUGACUGUUAACUGUUAUGUGGCUGUUCAUUGAUCAGGUUGCUGCUCUUAUUAGCGUUUAAAAAAUUCAGCUCACCGACUGCAAUUCUUAACCUGAAGGUUCAUGAAAGGCAGCGCGAAGGAUUGUGUUGGAGUAGAGCAAUUAAUGAGGUGCGAGUCGAAAGAUUGAUCCAAAACUAUAAAGAGUGUGGGAAACUGGAUAGUGAGGACCCAGUUCUACUGAUGUUAAAAAAGUGGCCUGCAGCUGAACAGUAUAGAGAUAGACCUGAUAAACUUCCAGGCCUUGAAAAGCUGGUAUGUUUAUGCUAAAUUAUGGGAAAUAUACCCAAACAUAUUUUGCAACAUGAUAGUAUUUUAUCAUAAUUUAGGAGAUGGAGUAGUCACCCAGAUUGAGGGUCCCCCACUCCAAAGAUUAUGUUACAGUUUGAUAGAUUUGGCUUGCACAUGCUGGCAUUUUCUUUUGUCUUCCAGAUAAAUCAACUUUUAGAGGUUAUUUUGGAAAGUGAACUGAAUUCAGACAAAAGAUAUGAGGCAUUCAUUGAUAAAGAAGACAAAAUGGAGAGGACAUUGUUACACUAUGCUGCAGAACUUGGGUUUUUAAAUGUCACCAAAACACUUGUGAAGAAAUGUCCCUCACUAUUAGCUGCAUUCAGUAAAAGUCAACUAAGACCCAGGAAAAGAGCCAUGCUACCAGUUGAGUUUGCAUUAAUAGGAGAGAGUGAUGAGGUGGCAGCAUAUUUGAUCAGGAUGAUGCAAUAUGACAGGUAAAUGAGAGCGAAUUACUCCCUGAUAUAAUGUAAAGCUAUGGAAAAUGGUUCUUUUAAAUCCACACAAAGGAGUUGAAUAUUUCAGCAUUUUUGUGUGGUCAUAGGUAAUUUUUUUUCAUGCAGAUCAAUUUAUUCAUAGUACAUUUCCUGGUUUUUGAACAAUUAUUUUGGCCCUCAGCUGAAUCUGAUUUUCAAUAUUGAUUGUAACUGUAUCCCCCAUUUGCCGCCAUAGUGAUAAUAUCAGUUGCUUCAUAUAAAUAAUUUUUACUACAGUUGCAUCAGUUUUGUACUUCAAAAGUUCUUUUUCCAUUAGUGUCCAGAGUUUAUUUUCUUGGAGACUAGAUGAUGAAACUACCAAUCCUCAACCAUCUUUUUUCAGUUUGAACUCUAUCAUUGCCAAUCCUAAAAUGAAGGUGAGACUUUUUGUAUAGAUGGAAUGAUUUACUGAAGCAUAGAUAAUAAACAGUCUUGUUUGUUACAUAUGGUCUUUGUUAAUAUUUAGUAAUAAAUGUGAUGUGAUUUUUUGAAGCUCUAAUUUUUCAGAAGCCUUUACUUAUACUGCUGGUGCAUUCAAGUUCUUUCAGAGUACUAAUGUCUGACUUUAAACCUGUGCAAAGUGGAAGCUUUGUUCCAGAUUAUAGAAAAUAGUCAUCACCUAAGACAAGAACUUUGUAUAUGUUGAAUAAAAUAUGUGAAUUAUUUUUUUUUAUGGAAUUUGAAAUGUUGACAGAAAACAUUAGAGGCUGUGCUUGAUCAGAUGGUGAACCCUCACUGGCCAUACCUUCCAAAGCGAAAGAACCACUAUGUCUCCCAAGAAGAAAAAGAGGGAAUUGAAGGAGUCUGGAAGACCAUCCCAGAAGAUCCAUUGAACUAUCGCUUUCAUUAUGCUAUCUUGGAUAGCGAUGAGGGAGGGCGACCUCCAAAAGUUUUGUUGUCAGGAGGACACGCAGAGUCAGAUAGCAAAUAUUUCAACUGGAGGGACAAGUCAUGUUUAAACAUGAUUGCAAAAAGCAAUAAUAAGGUACAUAUUAAGUUAGUGUAAUUGUGAAUGAAUUGUGAGGAUAGAACAUUUUACUCACAAGAUGUCAUUGGUUAAUCCCAUGUUGCUUUCAGAAAUGAUAGUGAUGAUAAUGAUGCUUACAAUGAUAAAGAAUGAAGAAAACAAAGUUAAUUGAAGGAAAGUGUUCAGACAUUAAGGCUUAGUUCUGCUUCUGCAUCAGGGAUUUUACAGGGCUGGUGUCAUAUCUUUGAGGUUUGAUGCUAAAAACACAAUGAAUUAAUAGCCUGAACUGAGAGUUUUCCUGAACAUGUGUAAAUAACUAUAUACUUUAAGAACUACUGAGCAGUGCAAAGGAUUAUAACUUUGAUUGUACCACUUACAGUGCAUGAGUAAACAUAUCUAUUGUCUCAGCCACAGGAAAGUAGAAAUAUCUACACCAAAGAAGCUCUGAAAUAUUUGGCAGUAACACAAGGUCUUUCCCUUUUGCUUUUAGAUGAGUAGAUUAGACUAAAAUGAAAUUGUUUUAUAGGUGAAGGGAAUUGUUUACCAGGUGAAGCCAAGUUUAUAUGAUUUAUUUUGUUAAUUAUAGUUGUCCCUAAAAUUCUGCCUGACUUUGAGUUGCAGGAGGCCUUACAACAUCCAGUGGUUAGAAUGUUGAUUAAGAAAAAAUGGAAAAGUUAUGGGCACUUUUUCCUCAGGUGAAUAAUUUUUACCUUUCUGACAAUGUUUGUAAGUUUAGAUCACUUACCCAAAUGCACAGGUGCAGUGCACAAAAACCAAAUAAAUUCUCAUCCCUCUAAUAGAAAAAAGACCAUUCUUAUUUAAUUGUUUGUAAUGACCUAACCUAAAUUUAGUCUUCAUCAUGUUCAAUUUUUAAUUUUUUUAAUAUUGUUGGAAUCUUGUUCCUUGUAAACUUAGGCUAUCAAUGUAAACCUUUUUUUUUUUUUACUCAGCCUUCAGGUGGCAUUGUAUGUCAUCUUCUUGCUGUUCUUGUCAUAUUCUCUGCUGUAUGGUUCAACCAAACCAGACCCCACCCAGUACAGCAGUGGGGCAGACCUGUUGUGUGGAUUUUGUGAGAUUGUCACUCUUGUCAUGGUCUUUUUUUAUGUGUGUGAAGAAAUGAAUCAAAUGAGAAUGUAAGUGAUUUUUAAUGCUGAGAACACAACUAAAUGCAUUGAGAAUUAUUUACAUUAGAUGACUAUUGGUUUGUUAGUUCCCCCUUGGGAAAAACACCUUCUUUUAACUGGAAGAUUUGGUGUUGAAUCAACUAAUAAUUAUCCCCUUAGUGAUAUUUUUCUUUAUUUUUAUCACAUUUUUACCAAUGGGUUUAGCAAAUGUGCCACAUGUACUCAGCAUUUUUAUUGCAAAAAUAAAAAUUUUUGUUCAUGAAUAAAGCUCUUCCAACGGAAAUGAUCCAAUGGAGUGAUUAAUCUUUUUUGCUUAAUUUUUCUAGGGAGAGGUAUUCCUACUUCUCAGAGUGGAUGACCCUAUUUGACUGGUUAGGCCUGUUGCUGAUACUGUGUAUAAUACCCUUGCGUUUCUCUGGUAGCAAAGCUCAAUGGACAGUGGCAUCUUUAGCAAUCUUGUGUAAUUUCAUGAGGAUUUUUAAGUUCUCAUGUGUGGCAAGGUAGGUAAUUAAUUUCAUUAAAAAUAUUAAAGCUUUGACUUGAAAUGCUUUAUUUCGGUUGUGCAUAGUUCAAUUAUCUUACUUAGACUUUCAUCUUUUCCAGGACUACAGGACUAUACACGAAAACCUUGGCUAAGAUCAUUCAGCAAGACUUGACAAGAUUCAUGGCAGUUUUUUUUGCGAUUUUCCUUCCCUUCUGUGGGGCUUUAUUUUUAUCUCUCCGUUCAUCCAAUCAAAACCAAGAAUUAAGGUACAUCUAGUAAUUCUAUUUAUUUCUCAUUUCGUCUUGUCUGAGCUUAAUCUGAGUUAUUCUGUGGGAAGAAAAAUGUAUAAUGCUUUAGGCUUUCCAAUUUUGAAAACGCUCGUCCAGUUUCGGAGAAAUACAAUGCAAUUGCCAGUACGACUUAUUUAGUCUACUCGACGUUCAUAUAUUCAGAAAUGUUGUUUACGUUGUUUUAAAUCUAUUCUUCAUAAUCAGUGGCUUUGGAGAUGUAUUGUUGAGCGGUGUUCUUGCUCUCUCUGAGCAACGAUCUAUUGUGGCAGAUUAUUCAAGCUUCAAGUGAGUGACUGACCCAGUUAUAUGACCAGUAUGGAUCAACAGUAUACCUACCCCUCCCCUGACCCAGCAUUAGCCCUGACUUACAUUUCAAUGUUGUUAAGUUAGGGGAGGGGAAGGUGUGUAGUUGCUUAGAUACUGACAUUGUUUCAUUCAAUCAGUAUUAUAUGCAAUGCGUUUCCCCUUUGUUAUAAUAUGGUAAUCCCUAUACUUUUACCGCAAUUAUUGUGAAUCUUUGUUCUAUUGCAGUUGGCUCUCCACUCUGUUGAUGCUAGCGUACAUGGGAACUGUACUUGUGAUUUUACUAAACAUACUCAUAGCACAGAUGAGCACAACUUACAUUCAGGCCAAGAAAGUCGCCCGUGUGGAGUAUGAUGUGGAUCGUAUUUUACAGCUCACUCGUAUGGAGAGAUUUCCUUUUCUGGUACGUAGACGGAGAUGACGGGUUUAAGAUGGAGGCGUUGGCGCGCAUUGUAACGUGUCCUCGUGUAGGUGGGCAUGUGCUCACACGUUUUCAGUUAGUUUGCGUGAGCGAGACUGAGUAAUUAAAGGCAAAAAAGCGGGAGCCUUAAGUGAGUGACAAGCUAUCAACCCCUGAGAAGGUGAACCCCACGAAAAACAAGUUUCUUAUUUUACUUGCAAAAGCGACAAACUGCAGUGGUGGAUACUCAAUUUUGGUUAUAUUAUUUCAAUUAGCUCAAAACGUAUUAUGUCUGUUCAGUUAAUGUAUGAAUGUUUUUUUUUUUUUGCGUCUUUUCACUUGUCUUCUUAUCUUCGUUGCAGAAUUUACGCGUGAAGUAUUACAUAGAGGGAGAAUGGAUCAGUGAAAAGAAACUUGGGGAAGGUUUGUAGUAAUUUGAGCUCGCUUAAAUUCGCGAUGAGAUGGAUUGAAGGGCUGGAACGAAGACUAUGGAUGAGCAUUUUGUUCGAGAGUCCAUUACAAUAAUAUUUAGCUUGGCAAUAGUUUAACUUCAUUUCCGCGGCCAUGGAGUAAAUUCGAUAUCAUAAAAACUCGACCAGCUAUGAACGCGUAAAAUUCUCAUUUACACGAUAAGGUAAUGACCAAAUUAUGCAUAUCUUUGUUUGGAUUUAAAGUAGAAAACAGAUGAGGACUAGAAGAGCUGGUUAUUUGGCCACUGAAGGCUAAUAUACUCUCUCUCAGCUUAAUGGUUUACUUACACUAUUAAGAAAACUGAAUAUUUUCCGUGCUCACAUUUACAUUGCUCUAGAGCUCCUUGAAUUCAGUGAAGAUCGCAAUCCUUGGGAAUCAGUGGAAGAAAAGCUUAACGCGAUAAGGUAUGGAUGAUUCUUGAACUGAAAUUAGGUCCGCUCAUUUACAUCUCCUUGCAUUAGGCUGCCGUAUCUCCCUGCUGUAUCUCAAUAAUUUUCUUCUUUGCGACUCUUAAUCCCAGGGAUGUGAUGAGAAAGAUGGUAAAACAGAUGAGACCUGAAAGAGGGUGA